CGUUUCCCCAGCGUGCGCAGGUAAAUGUGCUAAAUACACCGGGACUGCGCGACCAGCGGUUUUGUCCCCGGUUUUUGGACGAGGCACGUCACUUCCCAGGGAAGUCCGAAAGCUCCCCAGUCCGGGCACCGGGGCGCAGUGGGAGGAGGCCGUCGUAGGAUGAGCCGGGGUCUCUGCCAAGGCGGCGGGGCAGCGUUUGAGCCGCCGCGGGCGCACACGGACGCGACAGUCGUGCGGUUUUCACUUCCGUGGACGGUCGCCGAAAAGUUACCGCGCGAUCAAAUCUGCCGCCGACAGCGAGAAGCAACCGCUGGAGCGAUGCGCACAACCACUCUGACCCGCCACGAGGCCGACUUUGUUUGAAAGAUGGUUCGGAGAUAGCCUGAACUUUCUUUUCUUUUCUUUUCUUUUCCUUUCCGGAGAGUUAACUUUUCUACGCAGCAGGGAGACUCACGGGGACAGACUCAGGGGGAGCAGAGGAGCCCGGAGCAUGCAGCUUGUGGAAACGAACUCAGGGUGAUCCCAGCCUGGACUCCCUGCCUUUGUUUUUCCUCUCUGGUCCGGGUCGGGGAGGAGAUGAGCGCUCGGGAUGGGACUGUGCCUCGGUACCGAAGUUACAGAGGAGGAGAAGAAGGCGAGGACACACAGUGCCAAGAUAGACAGAGACCUGUAUGAGUACGCCAAACGGGAGAUGAAUGUGGUCAAAAUACUCUUACUAGGUGCAGCAGAGAGCGGUAAAAGCACGUUGGUCAAACAGAUGAAGAUCAUCCACAGUAAUGGAUUCACCAAACAAGAGCUAACCAGCUUCAAGCCUGCAGUGCUGGAUAACCUCCUGACCUCCAUGAAGUUUGUCCUCCAUGGCAUGGGCGUCCUCCGGAUCAACCUGGCUAACAGCAGGAACAAGGUCCACGCCCAUUCUGUCCUGUCGUGUGGGCGGUGUUUUGAUGAAGAACAGGUGCUGUUUCCUUUCCUGAGCCACGCCCUGUCCUGUCUGUGGACCGACCAGGGGGUGAGGGCCGCGACAGCCCGGGGAUACGAGUAUGAGCUUAAUGACUCGGCGCUUUAUUUCUUUGAGAACAUGGCCCGCAUCACGUCUCCAGACUACGUGCCCACAGAGACCGACGUUCUACGAGUGCGACUGAGGACAACAGGUGUGAUAGAGACCCAGUUUAAAGUCAACCCCCUCAUUUUCAGGAUGUACGAUGUCGGAGGGCAGAGAACUGAGCGGAGGAAGUGGAUCAGUUGUUUCGAGGAUGUCAGGGCGGUGCUGUUCGUGGUGUCGCUCAGCGGUUACGACAUGACCUUGGUGGAAGACCCUUCCAUGAAUCGUCUGCAAGAGAGCAUGAAGCUCUUCUCCUCCAUCUGCAACAAUGUCUUCUUCCGCAGCACAUCCAUGAUUUUAUUCAUGAACAAGAUAGACCUUUUUCAAGACAAGAUUUUACACUCUGGACGACAUCUAAGGUUAUAUCUGCCACAGUUUAAAGGUGCAGACUGCGAUGUGGAUUCGGCCGCCCGCUUCAUCGCCGCCACCUUUGUUUCGCUCAACGCCAUGCCCAGCAAACUCAUCUACCAUCACUUCACCACGGCGACCGACACCUCCAACAUCCAGGUCGUCUUCCAGGUGGUAAUGGACACAAUAAUCAAAGAGAACCUGGAGGCAGUGUCACUCCUGUAACUGCCAGCGGAGGUCCGGGCCACCACAAACUGAGACGUCAUUUGGACAUUCAGCCCUGUCGGUCUUUGGAUGUGUAGUUUUAAAGGACUAGCAUAGCAACAACAACAACAAAAAAAAAGGCAUUGAACAGGAAGAUCAUCUCAUCCAAGCAUAUUGUCUGUUUUCUCUCUUAAGGAGCAGCCUGGGGGCUCUGAUGCUCUUUGUUGCAUUUCAUCCUCGGUGAUGCUGGAUUUCAUUUAGCUUUGAAAAAUGUAUUGAAACACUUUGAAGGAGGAGGACCACUUGGCCAAUCCUUCGUUGUGGGGUUAAGUCCUGAAAUGUCGACUUUUGAAACCUCGUGUUGAGAGUAAUGGGCAUUUAUAUUUUUGUACUGUACUAUGAAAUCAGAAUAUGAACAGUGACGUUUCAUUUUCUGAAGACCUGAUCUAGAUGUGCCCUUUAUUUCCCUGUCUCCUCCUGUGUGAGUGUGUGUGUGGGCAGGACACAGAGGGGGUGAGGAUUUACUGUUUGUCCGUUACUUCCUUGGCAAAGGGGUUCACUCAUGCAUACCAUCGUGUGUUUUCCGCUCAUUCAUCACUGUGUCUCCGCUCUGCACAUCUUGUGCGUCACACCCACCUAAUGAGGCUGUGAUCAUUGUAAAAGCACCCUAGUUUGUGUUUACCCCUCCUUAGCUGAAAUCAUCCACACGCUUUCAUUUUAAUCUGUGCCUUCACUUGUUCCCCUGACUCUUACCAGUCGGCGAUGAUGCUGGGAAACUUUAUACCGGAAAUGGGAAAAGUGUAUGUGAAGAAAUAUCCCUGGAGCCUCUGACUUGUGUUUAAUUUCCUUACUUUCCCCUCUCAUGAUGAUGAUUAUUGUUGCAAUAUCGACACACACACACACACACACACACUCCAAUCCCCGAUUAGUCAAGCAGGAUGAUGCCUCCUCCAUGUGAUUUGUGUGACAUUAACUCUACUGGGGUCUGACCGUUUUGAAGGCUCCCCUGAGCAAGUGACUGUGCUAUCACACCAGCUCCUCUCUUGCUCCAGUAAUAAACAAGAUAUGGAAAUCACUGAUAUGGAUACUGAAGGUGAAAGAGAGGUGGAAAACACUCCCAAGUGCCUUAUUAUGAAAUGCUUUUUCGUUUGUGUAAUAAAGAUGCUUCAUACAUGUAUGAAA